UCCUCUCCAAGGAAAGAAAAUGCAGAGAAGACUCACCACUCAGCAGGCCUUGGAAAUGAUCCUGAGUGAAGUCAACCCUUGUGACUCGGAUGGAGAAGACCUAGAACUUCAGCCGGAUUCGGACUCAGAGCUGUCUGAUCAGUCUUCAGAUGAGGAGACUGCUUCUCAACCUAAAAAGAGAGCUUGUUUGGGGACUGAGACAGCAAAAGAUGGCACAGUGUGGCGUGAAGAACAGGUGGGGACCUGUCUCCCUUUCACCCCAAUAGAAGCGUACGCUGCAGAUGGAGAGCCAACGGCUAAGGCCAGGAAAAGUAUCUCGAGUCGCCUUCAGAGCUUCCUGUGUUUCAUCACUCUUGACAUGCUUCAUAGCAUUCAAGAAUGGACUAUUCAACAUGCACAGCAAAUGGAGCAUGUUCAUUGGUUCAUGGACCUCCCUGAACUAAUGGCAUUUAUUGCAAUUGUCAUCUUGCGGGGGGUUACUAGGGUUCCAUCACUACGUGACUGCUGGUCAGCAAACCUGGGAAACCCACAGAUCAUUGGAACUAUGCCGCGAAACCGCUUCCAAGACAUCAUGCGACACCUACGCUUUGAUGACAGAUCCACCCGCAGUGAUCGAGCAAAGACUGAUAAGUUCGCUGCAAUUUCCAGUGUGUGGGGAUCAUUUGUCACCAACUGCAUCACGUGCUACAACCCUGGUCUACAUAUCACCGUUGAUGAACACCUUUUCCCAUCAAAGACUCGGUGCUGUUUCCUGCAGUAUAUUGCAAGUAAACCUGACAAGUUUGGGAUCAAGUUUUGGGUGGCUUGCGACCUAAAAUCCAAGUACAUUUGCAAUGUCCUCCCAUAUCUUGGCAAGGACCCCAAUCGUCCCAGUGGGGAGAGACUGUCUGAAAAUGUAGUGAUGAGGCUGAUGGAACCAUUCCUAGACAAGGGCAGAAAUGUUACCACGGACAAUUUCUUCACAUCACUUUCACUUGCGCAAAAACUCCUUAGACGGAAAACCACCAUCCUCGGCACAGUCAACAAGAUUCGCCGGGAAAUUCCUCAAUCCGCUAGACACACAGAUCGCAAUGAAUUCACCACUCAGGUGUUUUCAACCACUGCUGCCACGCUGACGGCGUAUGCGGCCAAACGGAAGAAGACAGUCUAUAUUCUUAGCAGCAUGCACAGCGUGGUUCAGACUGAUAACACCACCAAAAGGAAGCCAAACACUGUCACCCUUUACAACACCACAAAGUGUGGCGUGGAUGAGAUGGACCAGAUGGUGCGGGAGUACACUGUCCGCAGAGGAACACGGCGCUGGCCAGUUGCCGUGUUCUAUAACAUGAUUGACAUGGCAGCACUGAAUGCACAUGUGCUGUAUCAAGCAUGCACCGGGACGCAGGAAAGACGGGUGGACUUCCUGGUGGAGCUUGCAAGAGAGUUGGCUAACUCUCAUAUGGCUGGGAAGAAGGCAAGAAAAGAACAGUUGCUUCAGACACAACCCUCCACACCUAGCCCUGGAAAAAGAGCCAUGUGUCAGGUCAAACACAAAUGCAAGAACAAUCAUGCCACUGUGCGAUGUGUUCACUGCUACAGAUACACAUGUGGUAAAUGCAGACUACAGAUACCAUGGCAGUGCCAGGAUUGUGAGUGAUUGCUGAAAAUGUUGAAAUGUACUCACUCACUUUUUAUUAUUAUUUGUAAAUAUGUGUA